AUGAUCGCGACCGGUGUGUGCGGCGUGGCGCUGGUUUUGGUUCUGAUGGUGCUCAUCCCGGCCAUGGUCAACUCCGCCGGAACCCCAGCCCGCUACGAGAUGCUCGGCGCCUGCCAAAUGGUGUGCGACCCCCAGGGGACCACCACGGUGCCAGCGAAGGCGGCCAGUGAACCGGUCAAAGACAACCGCCUGGUGCAAUCGCUGCCCACCUUCAUUCAGGGUCCGCAAGGCGAGCCGGGACGCGCGGGGAGGACGGGUCCGAGGGGCCCCGUGGGGGAGCCCGGACCGCCCGGACCCGCCGGCCCGCCUGGGGAACGAGGAGCGCCCGGUCCUCCGGGUCCAUCGGGAGCGAGCGGACCCACGGGGGCCAUUAGCGCGGCCACGUACAACACGGUGCCAAAGAUUGCCUUCUAUGCAGGACUCAAGAAGCAACACGAGGGCUAUGAGGUGCUCAAGUUCGACGACGUGGUCACCAACCUGGGCAACCACUAUGAUCCGGCUACCGGCAAGUUCACGUGCUCCAUACCGGGGAUUUACUACUUCACGUAUCACGUGCUGAUGCGUGGUGGCGACGGAACCAGCAUGUGGGCAGACCUCUGCAAGAAUAACCAGGUGCGAGCCAGUGCCAUUGCGCAGGACGCCGACCAGAACUACGACUACGCCAGCAACAGCGUGGUGCUGCACCUAGAGCCCGGCGACGAGAUCUACAUCAAGCUGGACGGUGGCAAGGCGCACGGCGGCAACAACAACAAGUACAGCACCUUUUCGGGCUUCAUGUUGUACGCCGACUGAAAACAAACCCAGGGGCUCGUCCACUCGCUCUCUCUCUCUCUCGCUUGCUUCCUCCCUCGUACGCUCCAUUACUUGUUGGAUUAGUAGAGACAGAGCUUCGCAUCGUCCUUGUUCACCAAACGAGCCUGCCGGGGAGAUUGUAAUGUAAUUGUUGACAUGUAGCCUGAUUGAUGUACAGCUGGAUGAACUGUGAAGCGCUGCCAUGUUGUAAUGUAGCUGCUGCCGUAUAAUAUAACAUGCUAUACAUGUGUGUCUUGAACCAAAAUUAUACACAACGCUUCAGAAUGCUUUCUCAGUAGCGCCCCUUGGAUCUGUUUUAGGCUCACUAUAGUUCAUUCGUUCGGCAAGCCUUGUGAAUGGAACGGAUUGGUAGUGUUUUGAGCAAUGUUUUCCGAUCAAAGUCAGAAAUGACUCAUUCAGUUGUCAAACGUAUCUGAACGAUUAUCCUGAUAGUGUGUGCUUUUACUCCACUGCUUUAAAGAUGCUCAGGGUCGACAUUGCGCACCAUUUGUACCCUCAUAGUCGCAUAAUGUCGUAAACAAGUAAUUGACACCCCAGCCAACAGGUUUAUAACUGAUUAGAAAUGUCAAAAGAUGCGCCAAAUCACUAUUUUUCUAUGAGUGUCUGCUCCUCCUCACCCUUCCAUGUCACAUUGCUUGACAGCAUGAUGCCACAAGAUGGCGCCAAAGCACACAAUUUCCAUUGAACAUGGCUUUGACGCCAUCUUAGGGCAUCUCAGAAAGUGCAGAAAAAUAACAAGAGACUUACAGAUGUCCCCAAAGCUGCAUCUUUAAUCUGUGUUUUUAUUUGGAGAAAAUAGAUUGCAUUUUGAAGCAAUCUGGAGUGACGCAUGAUUCCAAAAAGCUGCCAUCUUGAAAUAAAAAUGCCGUCCUUCUCGUCCAAAAGGACAGUUGGUCAGGCGGCUCGCUGGCCAAACGGUUCGUCAGCACACAUGACAGCAACAUGUCCUUGACCCCCCGGGUGACACGCCAUCGAUCCACCCGCUGUCAACCCCCUCCCCGACACCACUCUCUUCCAAAUAUGAAUAUUAUAUAUAAUUUACAGUUUUAAUCCUCCCGCAAGAUUCAUCAAAAGUUUGGCCCCGACCGCGGCGGCCAUUGAUCAUGGCAUGAAGUCACCCUGUGAAGCCACCUGUUCCCAGACGAGAGAGGAGAGCGCGUCCUUCAUCUGGGCCCUCCCGUUAGACGCGCCGCCGAGGGGGCCGACUCGUUUGCCGCCGCCGUGACAUGACAGCGGCCGCGGCAUACUGAUGAGCGGCGUGCUCGUUAGGAAGCGGCAGCUAUGCUAACACGCGUGUGCUUUUGUGACAUGGACUGGAACGGGUUUGUUUGGAGUUUACACAUGGCUGCUAGUGAAUGAAAGCUGACAAUUAUAGUCAAUGUAUUUAAUCCCAAUAAGAAAUACAUUUACGUGAGUCUCUGUGGACUAAAUUUGUACUUCGGAACCUGAACAUAGUUUGUGAUAGUGUAUAUGAAUGAAACUUGUGUGGAAAUAACUUAAGAAAAGGGUUGUACGGUAUCGCCAGCAAUCCUUCAAAUAAGCAAAACAUGGUUGUCUGCCUCAAGGUGUUCACUUGUCAUACCCACUUGAAGUUUAAUGAAGAUAUAAGAAAUGUCUGGUGUCAGACUGAAGUCCAUAUGUCCAGAUUUGGUUAGUUUUUUUUUUAAAAGCGAAUUAAUACUAUUGAACAGUCCCCAUGUGAGUAUAUUCUUUUUACAACCUGUUUUACAGCAUGUUGAAAAUGGCUGACUCUCUUUGACGAUGCUCUGGGAAUGGCUAAACAAACAUUUUUUUUGUUUUUUUGUUGCUUUCUUUAAAAGUGAUCGUUCCAGCGAUACGGGGAUCCCAGCAA